GUGCAGCUUGUUGGUUUGGAUGAAGAGAGCUCAGAAUUCAUUUGCAGGAACACCUUUGAUCACCCCUACCCUACCACAAAGCUUAUGUGGAUCCCAGACACCAAGGGAGUAUAUCCAGACCUGCUAGCAACCAGUGGUGACUAUCUGCGGGUGUGGAGAGUGGGUGAAACAGAGACCCGGCUGGAGUGUUUGCUGAACAAUAACAAGAACUCUGAUUUCUGUGCUCCACUAACAUCAUUUGACUGGAAUGAAGUGGAUCCUUACCUUCUAGGUACCUCUAGUAUCGACACAACCUGCACUAUUUGGGGUCUGGAGACAGGACAGGUUCUGGGAAGAGUAAAUCUGGUCUCUGGCCAUGUGAAGACCCAGCUUAUCGCACAUGACAAAGAGGUGUAUGACAUAGCGUUUAGCCGUGCAGGUGGCGGGAGAGAUAUGUUCGCUUCAGUUGGUGCAGAUGGCUCAGUGAGGAUGUUCGAUCUCCGUCAUCUGGAACACAGCACCAUAAUUUAUGAGGACCCACAGCACCAUCCAUUGCUGCGUCUCUGCUGGAAUAAGCAGGAUCCCAACUAUCUUGCUACAAUGGCCAUGGAUGGCAUGGAGGUUGUGAUUCUAGAUGUCCGAGUUCCCUGCACUCCUGUUGCCAGGUUAAACAACCACAGAGCAUGUGUAAAUGGAAUUGCUUGGGCGCCUCAUUCUUCCUGCCACAUUUGUACAGCAGCGGAUGACCAUCAGGCUCUCAUCUGGGAUAUCCAGCAAAUGCCUCGUGCCAUUGAGGACCCUAUCUUGGCCUAUACAGCUGAGGGAGAAAUCAACAAUGUACAGUGGGCAUCAACUCAGCCAGACUGGAUAGCUAUCUGCUACAACAACUGCCUGGAGAUUUUGAGAGUGUAACAUUACUGCUUCAUGCCACAUUGAGGCAGGGCUGUAUAAUUUCCCCUCCCCUCUAAAGUAAGAACAACACAAGUCAAGUGGCCAGUAUCUGUUGUUGCUUUCCAUCUACUGUUACAAGAAACUGUUACAAGAAUCCAUGGCAGGUGUCUUCUGUCUCUCCAAGACUCUCAAAUGCAGAGACAUGCUGAGCCUCUUGGACCUUCUGGGUUCUGGUUUCCUUUCCCCCCCUCCCUGCCCCUCAGUUAAAGUUCUGUAUAUUUGUUUGUUGACUGUAUUAAUAAGCUUGCAGGCUUCUAAGUUGCUGCAUAUGUCCAUGUAUUUGUCAGCCAGCUGAGGCAGUGCAUCCAACUAGUUUAAUAGAUGCAAGUGCAAAACAAGGUGGGGAAAAAGACACUGAUGUUAACAGCCACCUUGGCAGGAAUCUUUAUCAUUCCUGAUGUUGGUGGCUUUU